GAAUAUAAGUACCUUGGCUGGAAAGAUUUUGGUGUUGGGUACUUGGAGAAUAAUUGCGAUAAAGCCAGAAAAGCGCGUUUUGCUUCAUGGUUCGGAUAUACAAUUAAUGCAAAUGGUGGGCGAUAUGGUUGUAUGAGUGAUACAUUUCAAAUAUAUAAGCUGGCCUGUGAGAAAGCUUUGCGUCACACCGCCAAGUCUAGCACUAUUCUUCGAGAAGCUUAUGAAGGAUUUGAUAAAAUUACAGACAUAAAUAUUGUUUGA